AUGAUAAAUAUCAAAAUGAUGUCAGUAUUAUUUUUAUUACUGACUAUCAUAUCGAUCUCGUCAUCGGUUGCCGAGUGCCGUGACCUCCAUAAGCGCACAUUUGCCGGACUCGGGUGUCUCGGUAUCUAUGAUAAGGCAAAGUUUGCUCGACUCGAUCGGGUUUGCGAGGAAUGCUAUCAACUAUACCGGGAACCCGACCUACACACCAGUUGCAGACAAGACUGCUUUCGUAAUGAAGUGUUUGGUCGUUGUGUCGAUUCAUUGCUUUUAUCGCACGAACAGAAAAAAUUGGAGGAAAUGGUUGAAGACUUAUACGGAAAAUAA